UCGAACACUUGAAUCUCGAACACUUGAUGAUAUAAUAAAACCCAACAUCUACAAAUUCAAACCCAAUUCAAAAUUAUCUUGCUUGUUCAGGUCGAUAGGGUCAAACAUUUGAUUCGGUUUUUGUCUCUUGUCGGAAAGAUCUAAUUUUUCUUUUCCGAAGUUAAGGUAAAAGGUCGCACUGUUUGUUAGAUCUUGAGCGUUUACCUCAAAGAAGAGAAGCAUUAGAUUCGUUCACAAGUACGAAGGUAUGUAUGUACGCUUUCCUUUGUAUAUAUACGUGUAUAUACACACACACAUAAGUUCAGUUGUCAUUAGAGGAGCUUAAAACCAAAGCUUGUGUCUGGAAAUUGACACUUUAAACCCUAAAUUUCAAACCCUAAGCCCUGAAUCUAGAGAAAGGGAGCGAAAGACAUAACUAACACAGAAAGUUUUGAGAAACAUGGGGAAUUAUGGAGGAGACCCACCAAUUGAAGCAGAUCUUGAUUUGUUCCAACAGUUUGAGAGAUACAAAAUCAUGUGUUCAUUGUACCAUUAACCAGUUUUGGUUACACAUCUCUACCCAUCUCUCUCUCUCUCUCUCUAUCUCUCUCUCAUCAAAUCUCCAUAGCUCUUCCUUGAAAGUGGGUUAUAUCUGGAAGAGGGUUGAGAAUCUAAAAGUUCAAAAGAGAAGACCAGUUUGUACUCUAUACUCUUUUUCUUUUCUUCUGCGUUUCUAUUGGAGAAUUGAACUUAGGGUUCUUUUCGCGUUCUGAACUCUGAAAGUUUAGUAUAAUUCUUGGUCAUGUUUUCUUCCAAUAAUCACAACCAUAAUGAAAAUGGAGUGUACCCUCUUGCUCUUUGCCUCUCUCCUUUCUCAAGCCAUGAUGGAAACAUCUCUGCAUCCUACAAUCAUCAUCAUCAACAUCACCAUAAUCAUCAGCAUCAUAAUCAGCAAAAUCUCCAUCCAAAUGACCCUCUCAUGGCGGCUGCACAUAAUCACCAGUUCAGUUCUUCUAUCAUGCCGGAGUCUCUGAUCAAUUACAUGGCGUUUUCGUCGAACAACGUCAUGAUGGAGCAGAAUUUGGUGUACGGAGGGUGCUCUGAUCAGGUUGAGGUUUUGAGGGGGACCAAGAAGCCUGUCAAGAAAGACCGGCACAGCAAGAUUCACACGGCACAAGGUCUUAGAGACAGGAGAGUUAGGCUCUCCAUCGGGAUAGCUCGGCAGUUCUUCGAUCUUCAGGACAUGUUGGGGUUCGACAAAGCGAGCAAGACGCUCGAAUGGUUGCUCAAGAAGUCGAGGAAAGCGAUUAGAGAGGCUGUCGUCGUUCACACGAAGAAGGUCAACAAUGGCGAAUUCAACGGCGCCAACGUUGAAGAUGAGUGUUAUGGAAACCCUAUUGGUGAUAAAGGAGGAGAAGAAGAGGAUGAUGAGGAAGAUGAAUACGAAGACAAGAGCUUUGUGUCGGGCUCGAGCUCCGAAUAUUGUGAAGAUGUCGUCUACCACGAGACCAAGAAGCCGGAGAUUGGAGGUUCUGUGCGUAGAGAGAAGAGAAAGAAGACCGAAUUGAGCAACAUUCCGUCAAAGGGAUCAAGGUCCAAAUCAAGAGAAAGUGCAAAGGAGAUAGCAAGAGACAAGAUCGGUAGUAGAAACAUCGAUCACCCUGCAACUGCCUAUGAGAUCUCACAGUCUCAGUUCUUGGACUCGUUGAGGUCAACAAGAGUAAACGAAAGGGAAAAGAGACUGUCGACGGCAAGUGUCCAUGGCCAAGACAAAACAUAUUCUUUAUACGAGAACCGGACUGAAGAGCUCAAUAGGUUCCUGGGACAGUACUCGGCCAAUCAAGAAUCUGUCUCCGUCAGGAGGAAGAUCAAGCCAUCGAUGCCGUCGGUUCUGAGUUAUGAUCAACAAAACGGAGGAGUUACACUGAAGGAUCAGAGUAAUAACAUCAACAACAUCACCAUUAUUCCUCAAAAUUGGGACAUCUAUGAUCAAAACCCCUUUGUCGAUCCACCCUUUUGUGCACUCUCCAACAUGAAUAUGUCCACAGGGUUGCAGUGAAUGGUGAGACAUAUAUAGCCAAGAAAAUUAUGCACCAGGCACCGAAUUGAGACUUGUAAGCCCGAAAAUUUACAGACCCCUCAUCACCUAUUGUGUGUAUAUUUGAUUGCCUGUGAGUUUUAUCCAACUUACUUUUGUAGUUAUAGAUUUAUGUUAUGAAUCAUCCCUAGGAUGAAAUGUUUCAAGUGCUACUAUAUAUAAGUUAUAUGUAAAUUACUUUACGGUAUUUGGAAGAUGAAGCCAACUCAUGAUGAUCUACCUGUCUAUCCAACGUAUUCCAAGAUUUUUCAGAAUUUCAACUAAGUAUUGAGCAAGAAUCUUGAAGAAUCUGACAAAAAGUCUCUAGGUUACAUGUUUCUGCAAGUAAAUUGUACUAAUUCCCUGCAUUAUAUAUGAUCCAUGAAAACCCUUACAGGAAAGGCUUAGGGUUUUAGAUAUCAAUAAUUUGUUGGUCCUCUUCACAAACCCUAAUUAAGUUGCAUCAAAGACCCACAAGAGCAAACAUGGUUUUGCUGAACCUGUUUGGUCUCAGAGACCACACAAUAUUUGAUUGGGACACACAGGAUUUGUUCUGGAGGAUAUGUAUGAUCUGAUCCAUUUGAUAUUUUGUGUAAUAAGAGAAUAUUUU